UUUUUCUUUCUUUUUAGUAUGUGUCCCGACUCAUGUGAGCAGUUGAUUAUCUAAACAGUCAUGGCGGAGAAAGGAGCAGAAACGUCCCCUAAACCAACAUUAACAGCGGCAGAGAAACAGCUGAUGCGCAGCAGACAGCAGCUAGACUACUGGAAGAAAAAUGCCGCGCGGGUCCGCAGCAGAAACCUGAUGACCGGCCUGGCUAUCGGGGCGUUUGUGGUCGGCAUGUUUAGCUACACCAUCCUGUCCGUCAAACAGGAGAGGAUAAUGGAAGAGCUGGAUGAUGAUGCCAGGAUCCACAUCAUUAGAGGGCCACGGACUGGCGCCAACUCCUAAAGACACUGAACAUGAACUGUCCUGUUCAUGGCUCCUCACCACAGAGCUCUGGGGCAUUACGUGUGACAUCCAUAGACUGUUUGGUGAUGAUUUAUGUCUGCAGAGGAACCUACAUAUUACCUGCCACUCCAAGUGAUAUAAGGAUGUUACCUUUUUUUUCAUCAAAUCUGUUGUCAAAAUUGAUGAUAUCUGAACUAUCUUCUGCUGCUCUGAACAUUCAUGUUAACAUAUUUUGAAUCUAGUGUAACCCCUUAGAUGAGGAGAAAAACCAUAACACCAAACCCCAUUCAAAAAUCUUGCAAUUUAUUAUCAUUUAGCAUGUUAGCAAAAUUACAGUAUGUACCUGAUAAAUCACCUAAAGCCUUUUACAGAUAUUUUAAAGGAGCCAUUUCUUAAUUUAUUGAAUUGAUAUCCAAUCCAUUAAGCUGUUCUAGUAUCAAUAUCAGCUCUUCAGUAAAUGCUCCUCUCUGUUCUCUGUGGUGUAAUCUGGUGGAAAUAACAGAAAAACCUAUUCUAACAUUUGAAAUGUGUCUACUACUCGUCAGAUUAUGUGUGGUGUGAUGAAUUUAAGAGUAGUUUUUUAAGUUAAUAAAAAAUGGUGUAAAUUUAAAAAAUAUAAUAUUUUGUGUUUUAACUGACAAGCAAGUUAUCUCAGGAGACAGAUUGGUCAAUGGAGUUCAGUGUGAUAUUCUCUCAGUCUGAAAAAUAAAAUUAAGUAUAUGGGGUUUAACAUGUACUGAACCUAAGUGAAAUGGAA